CCUGACUCACACGUGAAUAAUCUUGAGCAAAGGAAUUUCUCACGAGAAGGGUUCCAAAAUUGCGCGUUAUGUCUCAGACCUCCGCCCGAAAUUCACAAUCCGUCAAUGACAGCCAAGAGUUUUCAAAAUACAACCUGGUCCAAAUUUAAAAAAGAAAAGAAGAAAAUAAAAGAAAGAAAGAAACUCGACCCAUGUCUUGCCACUUUUGAUUUUAUUUUUUAUUUUUGUAUUUUAAUUUAUUCCUCCAAAGUCUCAAAGCUUUCAUCUUUUUCCGCUCUGGCCGGAAACGGAUCUCCGAACUGAAGGCUCUUGUUAUUCUCUCUCUCCCUCUCGCUUUCUCUCUUCUCCGAUGGACUGAGAAGGGAAUAAAAGCAAAGUUGAAAUCUUGGGGUUGUUUUGGAAUUUCGAAAAGAAUUGGGGUAAAAUGGGGGACGAGAGCACCUCCAACUCGGUCUCUCAACUUGGCGGGAUUGAUGGGAACAAAAGCCAUGAGACCCAGGUGGUGUUGAACGUCUACGACCUCACCCCUCUCAACAAUUACACCGUUUGGUUCGGGCUCGGAAUCUUUCACUCUGGUAUUGAAGUCCAUGGCAAAGAGUAUGGUUUCGGAGCCCAUGACUUCCCAGUCAGUGGAGUUUUUGAAGUGGAACCAAGGAGCUGCCCAGGUUUUAUUUACCGGUGUUCUGUUUCACUUGGCCGCAUAAAUAUGCAUGCCUCUGAAUUUCGGACAUUUAUUGAGAAUGUUGCUUCAGAGUAUCAUGGGGAUACCUAUCACCUCAUCUCCAAGAAUUGCAACCAUUUUACGGAUGACAUGGCAUGUAGGUUGACACAAAAACGGAUUCCCGGAUGGGUGAAUCGGCUCGCUCGGCUAGGUUCUUUGUGCAGUUGUCUUCUUCCUGAAAGCCUUCAAGUGACUACUGUUAAACAGAUACCUGAAUACCAUCAUGAGUCUGAAGAUGGUACCGAAACUCUAUCAAUCACCACCCCUCGUGUAUCAGAGGAAUUGGAUGAUGAUCAAGAGAAGCGCCUGCUGUCACCAUUGGCUGCAAUGUCUCCGGUGGCUGGAAGUGGAGAUGUGACUUUUGUUAAAGAGUUGGGCCCGUUGUUGUUAUGGAUGGUUUACUUGGUAGGGAAGUACCUGCUUCAGAAACAGAGCUGCCUGAACUGUAUUCAUUGUUGGUAUGCAAAGUGUUACAAGCAAUGCGAUUUAAGUUUUGAAUUAUAUCUUUCUAAUAUUUUUGGCCAAGGUUUUGCUUUUAUUUUUUAUUUUUUAAACCGAGGAAUCGGAAAGUAGAUAGUAGUUUGUGUAUGACCUUAUGAUUUGUGCAUGAAGGCUUUGAACGGUAGCUGUUUUUGCAAGUGGAAAUGAAUCCGUCUUUAAUUUCUUAUACAA